CCGCGGCCCCUGCGCAGCGGCGGCGGGGGAAGAUGGCGGCGGCCGGCCCCGAGCAGCAAAGUUCUAAUGGGCCAGUGAAGAAGUCUAUGCGAGAGAAGGCAGUGGAACGCAGGAACGUUAAUAAGGAACACAACAGUAACUUCAAAGCAGGAUACAUUCCAAUCGAUGAAGACCGUCUCCAUAAGACAGGGUUACGUGGCAGGAAAGGCAACUUGGCCAUAUGUGUGAUUGUUGUUCUUUUUAUUUUGGCCAUCAUCAAUCUGAUUAUUACCCUGGUUAUCUGGGCAGUGAUAAGAAUUGGUCCCAAUGGUUGUGACAGUAUGGAAUUCCAUGAGAGUGGCUUGUUGCGGUUUAAGCAAGUGUCUGACAUGGGUGUUAUACAUCCCUUAUAUAAAAGCACUGUAGGAGGGAGACGGAAUGAAGACUUGGUGAUCACUGGGAAUAAUCAGCCUAUUGUAUUUCAGCAAGGAACAACCAAGCUUAGCGUGGAAAAAGACAAAACUUCUAUUACCAGUGAUAUUGGCAUGGAAUUUGUUGACCCACGAACACAAAAUACUUUGUUCAGCACUGACUAUGAGACUCAUGAGUUUCAUCUGCCAAAUGGAGUUAAAAUCUUGAAUGUACAAAAGGCCUCUACAGAGAGGAUUACCAGCAACGCAACCAGUGAUCUAAACAUAAAAGUUGAUGGUCGUGCCAUUGUCCGGGGAAAUGAAGGUGUUUUUAUCACAGGCAAGACAAUUGAGUUUCGAAUGGGUGGAAACAUGGAACUUAAAGCAGAAAACAGCAUCAUCCUGAACGGAACUGUGAUGGUCAGCCCGUCACGAUUGCCAAGUUCUUCUUAUGGGGAGCAGUUCAAUAACGGCAACUGGCUGCGCUUUAAGCUCUGCAUGUGUGCGGAUGGGACGCUGUUCAAGGUUCAGGUGACAGGGCAUAACAUGGGCUGUCAGACCUCUGUCAACCCGUGUGGAGCCACACACUAAAACAGACUGCUGCUGGGCCAGGUCUCUUUGUGUUUACAUAGAUUUGUAUGAAGUAAUUGCAUGCCUUCAAGGGUUUCUUUUUUUACAGCAGUUUAUACUAACAUUUCUUACAUAGUAUUUUUAAGGGAGGGCUGUUACAGUCAGCAGUAUUAGGUCAUCAUCCUGUUAGCUGCAGUAGUGGCACUGAAUCAGUAAGCUUUCAGUGUACAUGCAUACUGGAGUACCUUCUCAAAUUGGGAUCAGUAGAAUGUAUGUAUAGAACAUGAUCUUGGCAACAACUCUACUGCCUGCACAUGUCUCUCGAGGAGGUUUUGUCCUGUGUCCCAAGACAUUGAAGACUGCUGAAAACACACAACUGCAGUCUGAAGUACUUCAACACGAAUGUCAACUUUUUGUUGGAAAUAGAUUUUCCUAAGACGGCUGAAGUGGCAGACUUUUCUUUCUUGUUGAUACAUUAAUUUAUCACAAACUUAGGUGGUUUGCCAGAUGUGUACUGAGAGGGGAGAUGGCAGAUUCCCUUUAAAAUAUCACAUUAUUUCUGCCAUGUAUUUUCACAUUGUUAAAAAAAUAUGCUAUCAUAAAUAAUAUUUGCAAAGUAAUACUGAAUAUGGAAAUGUCACUUGAAUUUUGAAGUAGUCUUGCAGUUAUUGAAGUGUUGCUUGAACUUCCAUUCUGUCUGUGCAGUUAAUGCAUUCUGCAGUUGCUUAAUUUAUGUGUUUAUAUUAGAAGUGCUCUAAUAUGAAUAGUGUCUGAGUCCAUUACUCAAUAGGUAAUAAUCUAAGCAUAAAUAUUGCAGCAGUGUCCGAGGUCAGAUCUCUCCUUCCCCAUAAAUGUCAGUACUGAUGCAUUACUGAGAGCAUCAGAAUUAAAUUCUGAAGUUAAACUGCAGCUCUGCAAUUCUAAAUGUGGUGGUAGGACAUCAGGGUAAAUACAUGUGUGUCAGAAUUUGUCAGCAGUGAAACUAUGCUGAACUGGGGUCUAUUACAGCCUUCCAACUACUUGUUUUGUGCUAAAAAUAGACCAGCUAUUUAUAAGAUUGCUUCUUUCCCCACCCAAUGUAUUUCUUCAGUUUAAAAUAGCUUUGUUUUGCAGUAGCAUCAAAUAACCUUAAUAUUGGAGGCCUCAAAGUGACUUGUUAACAACUUUUUGACAAGUUUUUUGGUAAGCACACACUUCUUUACCUAAAUGUUGUGCAAGUUUUUACACAUUACCUUCAGAACUGAUUAUUUGUUACAGAAAGGUAAACUACCUACCCUUGUUUUACAGUGCUCAGAGUAUAUAGGAUUCCGUAAAAUAUAAAUCAGCUCCUGCUGAACAAGAAAUUCAUAUCUAAGGUCCCAAUUUCUGAAUUCUGGAAGGCAGUAAGCACUCAUGCAGAAUUGCAUGGGUGGAGGUGAUUUUUGGAGGAGUAUUCAUAAGUCAGGCAUUGCAGCACAUGGGGGAGGUCAGAGGAGUUGCAUUUUCCCCACUGCUCAAAGGUAAAGCCAGAUUUUGAUGCUCAGUAGUUGUUCAGAUUUUGGGGCUGGACAGCAGUGGAACUCUUCUGACAAAAUCAGAAUAAGCAGAAUAUAAUGCAGCAAAACACAUUGAGUUCUCACAUUAAAGAUUAUGGAGAAGUACUAACAUUUUGCAUACUGCCUUUGUGGACCUUAUACUUUUAUUAGAGUUAAUAGUUACUAAACACUUCAACGCACAUUAUGCUGCUUUACACCCAUCUUUGCUGCUAAGUAGAACCUCAGUGUUGUUACAGUUAGGAGGAAAUAAACUAACAUUUUUAGAAUUUUCACUCUCAUGCUAAUCUAAGUUUGUCACUUUAUUUUUAUGUAUAAAAAUGCAAACACAUCAUAAAAUAUAAAGAACAGUAUCCUCAAAGCUGAAGUACAUUCUGAAAAUGAUAGAUACUGCCUUCGUCAAAUACGUUAUACAUGUAUUAGAGCUCUUCUCUGAUUAAUACUGACAUGCCUAUAUGUUAGUAUUGGAUUGCAAUUAUCAAGGGCUCUUUGUACAAUACUGCGUGCAGUGUAGAGCUGAAAGAUUUGUCACAGAGGUACUGUUAAUCACUCUUAAUCAUGAUCUGCAGAAUUGUUUCUGAAGUGUGGAUUUUUUGUCAAGAUGUAGCUAAACCAAUCAUAAAAAUACCAAAUUAAAUAAAUUAUCAAAUUUGGUAACCACUAUGUGUUGUUAAUAUGUUUUAUAUUUAUAUUACACAGUUUGAGAAAUGUUGGUACCACACAUGCCUUUUGUUGAGCAUUUAUUUGUUAAUCUUCUAAUUGCCUAAGGUACAUUUUUCUGUUUGUAUUUAAAACAUUGAGUGGAAUAAUGUUUAUUUCAGUCCCACAUGUGCAUUUAAGAUUCUGUGUGUAUAAAGUGCAUUCUACAUGCCUCUGUAAAAUGCCAUACUGGGUACGCUGAAACAACUUGCAUGUGAAAAGUUCUCACCAUCUGUAAGUGUGGUGGUUGUUCCAAUGGGUAAAAGGCAGUAGAAUUUCAAAUGUUUGUUUUGAAAUAAAACAAUAAAUUCUAAGAUGCAACUGCAGUUCAGAA